GUGUGUCAGUUAAGAACAACAUGCAUUUAACACCUUAUUCAAUCAGCUAAAGUUACUGUUAAUGCCACUGUCAGGAAAUACCAACAUAUCCUCCAACCCAAACAACCAUCGAGGGCAUAUAUACCCUCAGAUGCGACCAAUGGGAGUAUAGCAGUGACAUGCACUUGUUGUGAUGUUAACACACUCGAAGAGGCAGCUGAGGUUGUGGAACAGUCACCGUUUGGAUACCUUACGAUACUACGUAACGAGCACAGAUGCCAAACGCAACAAGCGGAGGGCUCUUCUGCCCCCUGCUGCAAGACAUGCGGAAUCACAGCCUCAACAACAACAGCCAGGUCAAUAUGGUGGUGGUUUGCUUCCACGGUCUGGUCUCCUGCCUCGGGCUUCUGGAGAACGCUCUGAUCCUCUGGGUGCUUGGCUUCCGCCUUCAGCACCACACCGUCACCUCCAUCUGGGUGCUAAACCUAGCCCUGUCUGACUUCCUAGCCACCCUGAGCCUCCCCCUCUUCGCUUCUUACUACUACCACCUCCACAGCUGGGAGCUCGGCAACGCACUCUGCAAGACACAGGCUUCCAUCUUCUUCAUAAACAUGUUUGUGUCAGCCUUCCUGCUGGCCGCAAUUUCACUCGAUCGCUUGCUUCUCGUAGUCAAGCCAGUGUGGAGCCAGAAUCAUCGGGCAGUGUCAGGAGCAUGGAAGGUGUGUGGAUUAGGUUGGUUAUGGGCUGCACUGAACACAAUACCUUACACAGUGUUCCGCUCAGUAAUUGAGAAACAGGGUGAGGGGAAUUUGUGCUAUCAUAACUUUGCUCUGAUUUCAUCCUCUCAAGCCACUUUGGAGAGAGACUGCGAAGUGAGACAGGCAGCCACAGCCGUCUCCAAGUUGCUGCUGGCAUUCCUCUUUCCCUUGGUGGUGAUUGCAGGGAGUUAUGUCCAAAUAGGUCUCAGCCUGAGGAGCAGGAGCAGGAGGAGGAAGCAGAGCACCACCAGACUAACUGAUGCCCUGAUCAUGUCAAACAAAGGCAUGGCAUCAGGAGCUACAGACACAACAACUAACAUCAUCCUCAAGCCUCCGUCCUCCAGUCCAACUUUAGCUUCGACGCCAGCCUCCAUGUCCACCACCAUCUCUAAUCAGACCAAUCGGGGCCAGCUGUCCCAGAGCUUCAUCAAAAUGGUGACAUUUGUGAUCACUGCAUUUGUACUGUGCUGGGCUCCCUAUCACAUCUUCUGCAUCAUCGAGCUGACGGCACAUUACUGGAGGAAGAAUCUCAAAGUGGUGGAGUUGGGGCUUCCCCUCGCUACAACCAUCGCAUUCUUGAAUCCGGUGUUGAACCCCAUUCUGUACGCCUUCAGCUGUCCACACUUCUGCGUGAAGAUACGACAGAGUCUGGGAGCAGUGUUUGACGGACUGGUAGAAGAGGACGGAGGGUUCCUAGUCGCUCAAGGGAAGAGCAUAAGAGCUCAGAUUAGGCGGAAAAGCAGUCGAGAUGUGAGCCCUGCAACACCAGGGUCAUCAUCACCCUGUACAUCGCCUGUCAUCCGACAUGCCUUCCCUCAGCCUUUGGACUCUUAAAACCUUGAAGAUCAUCAAAUUGAUAAAACAGGACAAGAUUCAAAAAUAAUGAUGGCGCAAAGCUGAGAUCCCAUUUGGUUUUUGGUUUAUAUUUGUGUUAAUGAUAUGAUGUAUCUUAAUUCAAAACAAAUUUGUCUUAGUUUACAUGUUGACCUUAUUCAGUCGAAGGACUUGGACAUAUUGCAAAAAAACUGAGGCUGCCGCAAAAUGUUCUCAGGAAAGGAGUCAGCAGGAAGGUUUGUUUCUACAUCUACAGAUUGCAUUGUCGAUCUGGGUCCAGUCUAAAUAUCUGACCAACUACAGGAUUCCUGUGAAGUUUUGCACAGCCAUUUGUGCUGCUGAGGGGAAGAAUCCUUGGCAACCAUAAUCUUGGUAUGUCUGGUGCCAUUUGAGAAAGAAAAAAUAUGACGUGGCCACAAAAUAAUUAGGCAUGCAUGGGGAUGAGAUAAUAAGUCAUCCAAGGCAUAAAAGAGCCUCUUAUAGAGGCUACAUCAUGUGAUAAGAUGCAUCCAAGAGGCUUCUUCAGCUUAAUCAGCCAGGGCUUGUUAGUAAAGAACAGAUUCAUAGUUAUUUAAAUUUUCCCCACACCUAAAUAACUUGUGGUUGUGACUUAUUUAUCUGUUCGUAAGCGUUAUAAUUUCGUGGACACAUAUUUUAUUCCCAUAUGUCACCUGACGGGCUCCAUAGGAUGACACUGAUGGUUCUGUUGAAAUAUCUUUUAAUCUGUGAAAAAAAUCAUGUGAAAUUAGAUACAAGCAUUCCAAAGAAAUUAUGUUUAUUAGUUUCUGAUAUUUUUUUAAUGCAAAUUCUUAUGUAGUUUAACCUCUUCUGGCCCCUUUAGAGUUCUCAAUUGAAAUGAGAAAAAAAAAUUCAGUGGUAAGGUUGGAAACUCUGGGGACACCAGUACCCAGUGCUUAUGGAAAAUCUGCUGUUAUAGAUUGAGUGCCCAUGCUAUGCCCAUUCUGGCCAUCAGAGAGCAGUACAGCCCUGAUUGCGUACACAGACAUUGAAAUUAUAUAGUAGGAUUAUGCUUUUCAGGUCCUGUAAUCCAGGAGCUUUUAAAUCUGAACAGCCUAACGUCAGGCCACCUUUCUGAGUGAUUGGAUUUCAUCAUGUCUGAUAUUUAUUUUGAUUGACUGUCUCACUGCCGCCGCCACAAUCGUCUGGUUCCAUCAGACUCAAUUGAAAACACGUGGUCACACAGGCCGAGGUGUAAUUUAGGCCAGAGCAGCAACAGGAUUGCCAUGGAGGUAGUUGUAAUUUGGUGAGAAUAUCGGAGGGAAGAUACAGAAUAUAAAAACAGUGCAGGAUUAAACCUAAACGGGUCAGACUGACAUAGAAAGUUCAACUUCCCUCUCAAUCAUUCAGUUCCAGCAGAUUAUCUUUCUCUGUCUCUCGCUCUCUUUUCAUACAUUUUUGUCUGCACUGUGUCUUUUUUGCUUGACAGCAAACACCAUAGAAUGGGGAGGAGAAAAAAACUGAAAAAUAACAUACAUUUAAUGAAUGUGUUUGAAAUGUGUUAAGGCCGAAUUAUACUCGUGUUGCACGGACGCACGCAUGCACGCAAGACACGCAACACGCCCCUUUCGUGCCUUCUGCGGGCUUGCGUGCGUCCGCCAAUUUUUCUAACUACACGACAAAACGACGCGAGCCUCACGCCGCAAGGCUUGGCAAGUCUAGUUUCCGGUUUCAUGCCCCACAAUACGCGGAAAUCACGGAAGAUUUAGAAGAACGAAUAUGGAACAAAUAGAAGAGCACUUGGCAGAAGAGAUCCGAAAGUAUGACCACUUGUAUAACCCGUCACUGACUGGAGGAUUUGUCCGCCAGAAAUAGGCUAUUAGGAGCAUAUAUCUAUGAUUAGGAGACGGAGUGGCGAUGUAAAUAAAGAUUCGACGAAGAAGAAGACGUCUCUUCUUUGUGUGUUUUGUUUUCGAAACAAAACGUUACUCCGCCUAGUGUUCUGGCGGUGAAUUGCGUUGCAACAUGCGCAACACGUGAGUGAAGCAUAAACCAAAACGAGUCCGUCGAUGCAGCUGCGUGGCCUUCCGCGGUUGCAGUCGCAGGACUAUAAUUAGGCCUAGAAGAUGUGAAACCUGUUAAUUGCAGAACAAGACUAUACUGAAAAUGUAUGUAGAGGCACAGAAUCUGCUGGUGGCUCAUUGGUCAAUUUGCCAGUUUUGAUAUACAAAGAAUAAACUGCAUGUUACAUGGUUGAACAUCAUCUCAAUCAUCUGCACAAUUUUAUAAUAAAAGUAUAACUCAAGUUCAGCAUGUCGUGCCCAGUACUAAGUGGUCAUUUAUCAGCUCUUUGUCCAAAUUUUUUUUUAGAUCUUCCACGAAUUUGGCAAAUUGUACAUCUCAUCUGAAGUUUGUUGUCUAUGACAAAAUGAACAUCCGGAUAUGGUUUGAAUACCAUUGCACGGUCAGAUAAGAUUUCAUCGAUUCCUUUUCCCUUGUUUUUAAGAAUGUGUUGAUAAUAAACUAAACCACUCAGAUACUGUA